GAACCAUUCAAAUUGCGAUCCUACCACUAAUCCAUUAAUAUUCUUCUUAUCAUCUCUCUCUCACUGUUGAAUGCUUGUUCUUCUCUCUAUCAUCGAACUGAAUCAAAACACUGAGUAGUGGGUUCUCUCUGGAAAAAGAUUCGAUUUGUUUGAAAAGACAGACGGAUGAUGACACUUAACUCACUCUCUCCAUCGGCUGAAUCCAUAUCUCUUUGUUUCUUGGAUACCUCCAGGUUCACCCAAACCCCCAAACUUCCAGGUGGGUGUAGUUUGAGGAAGAGGAAUCAAGGGAGAAGUUUUGGAAAAGGAGUCGUCAAGUGUUCCGUGAAAGUGCAACAGCAGCAGCAGCAGCAGCAGCAACCUCCUCCGGCAUGGCCUGGGAGAGCUAUUCCCGAGCCGCCUCGUCAAUCUUGGGAUGGACCUAAACCCAUCUCCAUCGUUGGAUCUACUGGUUCUAUUGGCACUCAGACAUUGGAUAUUGUGGCUGAGAAUCCUGACAAAUUUAGAGUCGUGGCUCUAGCUGCUGGUUCGAAUGUUGCUCUCCUUGCUGAUCAGGUAAAGAGAUUUAAACCUGCAUUGGUUGCUGUUAGAAAAGAGUCAUUGGUCGAUGAGCUUAAAGAUGCUUUAGCCGGUUUGGACUAUAAACCUGAGAUCAUUCCUGGGGAGCAAGGAGUCAUUGAGGUUGCCCGUCACCCUGACGCUGUAACUGUUGUUACAGGUAUAGUAGGUUGCGCAGGUCUAAAGCCUACGGUUGCUGCAAUUGAAGCGGGGAAGGACAUUGCCCUUGCAAACAAAGAGACACUAAUAGCAGGUGGUCCCUUCGUGCUUCCACUUGCCAACAAACAUAAUGUUAAGAUCCUUCCAGCUGAUUCAGAACAUUCAGCUAUAUUUCAGUGUAUUCAAGGUUUGCCUGAAGGCGCUUUGCGCAAGAUAAUCUUGACUGCAUCUGGUGGAGCUUUUAGAGAUUGGCCAGUUGAAAAGCUCAAGGAAGUUAAAGUAGCAGAUGCGUUGAAGCAUCCUAACUGGAGCAUGGGAAAGAAAAUCACAGUCGACUCAGCUACGCUUUUCAACAAGGGUCUUGAGGUCAUUGAAGCUCAUUAUUUGUUUGGAGCUGAGUAUGACGAUAUAGAGAUUGUCAUUCAUCCUCAGAGUAUCAUACACUCCAUGAUUGAAACUCAGGAUUCAUCUGUGCUUGCUCAACUGGGAUGGCCUGAUAUGCGUUUGCCGAUUCUCUACACCAUGUCAUGGCCCGAUAGGGUUCCUUGUUCUGAAGUAACUUGGCCAAGACUUGACCUUUGCAAACUGGGUUCGUUGACAUUCAAGAAACCAGAUAAUGUGAAAUAUCCAUCAAUGGAUCUUGCUUAUGCUGCGGGACGAGCUGGAGGUACUAUGACUGGAGUUCUCAGUGCAGCUAACGAGAAAGCUGUUGAAAUGUUCAUUGAUGAAAAGAUAAGUUAUUUGGAUAUCUUCAAGGUGGUGGAAUUAACAUGUGAUAAGCAUCGAAGUGAGUUGGUAACAUCGCCGUCUCUUGAAGAGAUUGUUCACUAUGACUUGUGGGCGCGUGAAUACGCUGCGAAUGUACAGCUUUCUUCUGGUGCGAGGCCAGUUCCUGCAUGAUGAUUAAAUACUUGUUGGAGCCAAGUGAAUAAUAAGAAAUGAUGGAAAGAAGAUUAGUGCAGCGACUGUGUUACUUUAAACACCGUUUUUGGCAAGGAUUACUGAUUCUAAGUUGUACCUAAUUUGUCUGUGAUCCGAACAAAGUCAAACCGGUAUUUUAAACCCAUAAACCAAUAAAACUGAGAAUUUUUCCCCUUGAAAUU